CUUGAAUCAUUGCACACUAAUGUUACUCAGCAUUUUCUAUUACCAAAAUGGUUAUUCAAAAUGGAUAUUCAUGCUAGUUUCAGAUGUUAUAAGAAUAAUGAUUCAGCAGUGUUGGCGCAAUCUAAAGAUCUACCCUGGACUUCCAGUGAAAAUGUUUAUGGCAUUGAACCCGCCCACAAGUAUUUUAAAAGCCUGCAUCUGGAAGCUUGUUCAGUAGUGGCUCAGUAGUGGGGGAUUCAGAUGCAUCUUCGGUCAAAGCAACGGCUGCUGUGGACUCAAUUAUUCUCACUUAUCUGGAUACAGAAUGAAUACCAUAACCAUUAGCUUGUUCACCACUCUGUGUGUGGGAAUCCUAAGUGCGUCCCCUCCUGAGACUCUGGUCCGGAAGAAGAGAUACUGGAUCAUAGAUUCGUUUCAGAUCACAGAGGAGUAUCCUGGUCCUUUCCCUUAUUUGCUGGGCAAAAUCGAGGUCGAGAAAAAGUUUGCGGUUGGUUUCAAUCUACAAGGUCAGGGAGUAACGGAGGAGCCAAAAGGAACCUUGAGCAUCGACACACAGACAGGUGAAAUCUGGGUUCAUAAGAAGAUAGACUACGAGGAGUAUCAAAAUUUGAAGCUCACAUUCGAGGCCAGAAAAAUACAAAACAAUGUUGUGGACACCAGACUAGGGGUGGAGGUGAAGGUGAUGGACAUCAAUGACAAUGCUCCUAGAUUUGAAAAGGAAACCUAUACUGUCAACCUAAAGGAGUCCGCAUCACAGAAUACAUUUCUAACUGGGGUUCUAGCAUCAGAUAAGGACAAAUACAUGACCAACAAUGGCACACUUGACCUCAGGAUUGUUUCUGUCAGCCCACUGCCAAUUGACCUGGAGUUCUACAUCGAGCAGAGUGGCCCAGGGAACAAUCGAGUUGGAACAAUCCUGUUUAAAGGAUGUCUUGACCAUGAGAAAGCAGAAAAAUACACCAUCCUGGUGGAGGCCAAGGACCGCGGAGAGAAGGUUCAGCUCUCCAGCACCUCCACCGUCAUUAUAAACAUAGAGGACGGAAACAACCACCUGCCUGUCUUCACAGGACAUACAGGCUCAGGAAGAGUGAAGGAGGGGGAUGAGAAGGUACCAGUUUUACGACUGCAAGUUUCAGACCAGGACACUUCAGGUACAGAUGCAUGGAGGGCGGUGUACACCAUCCAUGGAGACACAGGCAACCACUUCAGAAUCACCACUGACCCACAGAGCAAUGAAGGAGUCCUGUUUGUUGAUAAGGCCCUGGACUAUGAGAAGGGCUCUCUGAGGAACCUCUCUGUCAGUGUGACAAACGUGGUGCCCUAUCACACUUGUCAGGUCAAAAGUCGUCCUGACGAAGGUUUAUGGGAUGUGGUUACCACUGGAGAUGUCCCAGCCAUCCGCCAGGUGGUGGUGACUGUGGAGGAUGUAAAUGAGCCUCCUUUCUUCACUCCUGAUGUCAAAAACAUUACGGUGAAUGAGAACAUGCCGGUAGGAUUGACUCUGGAGGUGUUCACGGCCACAGACCUGGAUCACAGCUACGACAACACCUUGCUGUACAUGAAGGGAGAGGAUCUAAAUGAGUGGGUCAAAGUGGAUUCGAAGACUGGAACCAUAACUACAGCCAAGCUAUUAGACAGAGAGGCCCCAAACGUCAUCAAUGGUCACUACAAAGUGACUCUCUACGCUGUAGACUCAGGUAAGCCACCCAUGACUGGAACUGGAACCCUCAACAUCCACCUAAAUGAUCAGAAUGAUAAUACCCCUUUUCUGGAGAGGACAAGCAUGGACAUGUGUCUGUCAGACCAGGCCUCUGUUACCAACAUCACUGCCUUGGAUCUGGAUGGAGACCCCUACAGUGGGCCCUUCCGCUUCCAGCUUGAGGGGGAUGUCAAGGACAAGUGGAGGAUCGAACCCAACAAUGGCUACACGGUGAGCCUAGUGAAGGAGACCACAGUGCAUGCUGGGUAUCAUGAGCUGAAGCUAAGGGUCUUUGAUCUACAGGGACAGCAAGCUGUCCACAACCUGUCAGUCAGUGUAUGUGAGUGCGACCAAAUGCAACACUGUAACCUCCGCAGUGCCACACAGCUGGGAGGUGGAACAGCCAUCGGGAUACUCUUGGCCCUCCUGCUGCUGGUAGGUGUCCUGCUGCUUGCCCUCAUGCUGUCCUGUGAGGGUGAGAUGAGGCCCAUCAUACUAGAAGAAAGCUCAGGCGCCCUUAUGAAAUCAUACAUUGAAACACCAGGAAGUGACUGUGCGGUACCCCUCCUUUGUCAGCAAAUCCCUGCAAUAACAGCAGUGACUCACGACAAUUGUAAAAAAAGUACGGCAGCGGGAGCUGAGCUGGAGUCUCAGAGCUCAUAUCUGCUUCGGGCUUCAGGGCAGGUGUACCGACCAGGUCUAGGAAGACAACAAGGCUCCCUCCACCGGGUACAGUCAACUACAUUGAACAAAAGUAUGAUUGUAAGCAGUAAAUAUUGGUCUGAGGAUUCUUAUCUGGCCACAUAUGAUGGUCUGCUCCCUGUACUCCACAAGAGGACGUACAGACUCCAGAUGCAAGGGAAUGAGCUGGGUGACUACCCCCCCCACCCCUAUGCAGAAGAGGGGGACCCGGAGACCAGCUCCCAGCUGGAUGUCAUCUCCAUCCCUGAGAGCCCCUUCAACACAGACAUGCUGCUACACCUGGGGCCCAGGUUCAACACCCUGGCCUCCCUCUGCACGCCUAAGCUCAACUCAUCCUGAACUGCCCUCUCCACCUCUUUGGAAGCAUCUUCCAUUGUAUGCUAAAAACUGUACUGGAUGUUAAUGAGCUUUAUGUUCAACAUAAAUAUUAAUCUGUAAAACUGAUGACUGUUAAAUAAGUAAAUGCAGGUGCUGGAUAAAAUGGAUAGAGAUUAAGUGACUACAUUUAGUCAUUUAGCAGAUGCUCUUAUCCAGAGCGAUUUACAGUAAGUACAGGGACAUUCCCCUGAGGCAAGUAGGUCGAAGUGCCUUGCCCAAAGACACAACAUAAUUUGGCACGGCUGGGAAUCGAACUGGCAACCUUCAGACUACUAUCCCGAUUCCCUAACCGCUUAGCCACCUGACUCCCUACUGAGUGAGUGACUACUAUGGUGGUCCUUAUUGUUCUGUGGCAUUUGGCAGGUGACCGAUACUACAAACCAAAGAUUUAUGCACAGGAAUUAUGUAAUAUAAAUUAUUUGUGAAAAAGGUGUUGUUGACUAUUAAGAAUGGGGUGUUUUCUUAAGGCAGUUUAAACUUUGUUACAGUACACUAUUUUGCUUGGGUUUUAUGUAAAGCUCAAAUGAAAGUAUUGAAUAUAAAGGGUGCUAAGGGGGCUUUUCAAUGUGUUAAUGCAGACAUGAAUGUUCCUUCUGUGUUUAUGGGUUCAGUAUUAAACGUAAUAGCUUUAAAGAUGAAAAAAAAGGCAGAUCAAAAGGCAGUUUAAACUUUCUUCCAGUAGAAUAUUUUGCUUGUCUUUUAUGGAAAGCUCAAAUGAAAGAAUUGAAUGUGCAGGGUGCUAAGGGGGCUUGUAAUGUGUUAAUGCAGACAUGAAUGUUCCUUCUGUGUUUAUGGGUUCAGUAUUAAAUGUAAUAGCUUUAAAGACUAAACACAAAAUAAGAAAUAUUACAAUGGCAUGUUUUUGUGAUGCACCUU